UAAGAAGUAUGAACAACUACCUUUUAUUAAACAUGUACUACCGUUUUAAUUUACGUACGUGCCCGAUCUACAUGUUGGCGUUCCAAACCCUCUGCAGAGCUCCAGAGCGUGAGAAGGCCAAUUAGUGUUCCUCCGCAGUCCGAGCAUCUGAACGCGUGGUCCGAGUGUCGUUUGGCUUCGUGGUGCCGCGUUGUUUGUGUUGUGGAUCGUUUCGCACGCGUGCAUCGUAUCAGUAAGCGCGAUGUUUGCUCUUGUGCGAUUUGUUGAAGACAAGACAGACAAACGAUAUGUUAUACCAGUAACCGAUGUCAAGAAUUUCCAUCCCGAAAAUGAAUUGGAUUUUCACAAUACGGUGCCUUACGAUGCCUAUUGGCGGGACGAAGACAACGAGAACAGUGGCGUAUACGUCGUACAGAUUCUCAAGCUCUCAGGUAAAUAUUUGUUAGAGUGCCCUGCUGAUAAAAAAGGUGCAAUUCACAGAAUUGUGAUAUCGUUUUUCAUUCAGGACAGGGCCAAGCAGGCAAAUCAGGCUGCAUCAAGAAAGCAGCAGUACGAGGCUGUUCUCCGACAGCAUAUGGCACAUGCCCUAAAGAAUGUUGAUGUUGCUAAGGAGGCUAAGGAGGUUGCUGCACCAUUGCCCACACCUCGCUCCUCCACCAAACAGUCACGAGGGUCACAAUUCCACUCGUCUGGUGGAAUUUUCGUCGUGCCUGAGCAAGCGGAAAAACUGUGCAGAAAUAAAAAGCCAAGCAUCCUCGUGAGAGACACGGCCCAGGUGAUCUGGGGCAAUGAACUAUUGGCAAAAAGAUGUGUCAGCGGCAGACUCGCACCAACAAAAAGUGGCAGCAGCGAGCAGCCAUCCAAGCAGCUGACGCCUGCAAAGGUGGAGGUUGUUUAUGAUUGUCUGCGGCACUGGGGUCAGAUACACAACCAGGACAUGGGCGCUGCGGAGCGUUCUCCGUCAAGGACCCUCAGUGAAAAAAUUCAAGGUGUAAAAAGAAAACUUCCCUUUCCACACAGAGAAAGUGCUGUCAAGUACUAG